CAUGCAUUGGCUCACACGCGAUCAGCACGCCUGCAUGCUCAAGUGCCCACUUCGGUCCUCGAGAAAUGUGGCUGGUGAGCCAAUGUUACGUCAAAGGACCGCCCAUUGACAUUCAUGCGGGUUUGGAAACCUGUUCGGGUGUCAAGGGUGCUUCCAGUUUUCUAAGUAUCAGCCGGUCGUUUUCUGUCCUUCUAUUUUCUUCCUCCUCGCAGUCACCUCAAGUCCCCAUACCACACCUACCACUACAUCCACUACACAUCCAUUGAUUCAUUACCAUGUCGGACAAGCAAGCUUCUGCCGGAGCCGAGGGUGGUGCCAGUGCCCCCGAGAGAAAGAAGCCCCAGAAGCUCGGUGGUGGAAAGAAGCAGCAGCAACAACAACAACCCACCCCCGACCAGUCGGAAGGAGACGGCGGUGCUGACGCAGAAGCAAAUGGUGACGCCGAAGCCGAAGCCAAUGCCGACGGAGAAGAAGAAGCCGAACCGGAACCUCAACAACAAAAGUCUCGUCAAGCAUCUCAAUCUCGCCGACGUCAAAGCCGUGGUCGCGGCCGCCGUGGAGGUGACAGCGACACCGAAUCAGUUGCCCGCAGCGAUGCCUCCGCGAACGGUGGACGUCGUCAACGUCAACGCCAGAAGAAGCAAGGAGGAGGUGGUGGUGGUGGUCCCUUGGACGACAUCACUGAGAACGUCCCCGGAGGUGACGCUGUUGGCGGAGCCGGUGAGAUGGUUCAGAACACUGCUGGACAGGCCGUCAACCAAGUCGGAAACACUGCCGGCAACGCACUUGGCGGCCUGACAGGUGGUCAAAAGCAAGGCGGCGGUGAGGAAGAGGAAGAUGGCGGUAAGGGCGAGCAACUUCGUCUGAGACUGGAGCUUAACCUGGACAUUGAGAUUCAACUCAAGGCUAAGAUUCACGGUGAUUUGACUCUUGGAUUGCUAACCAUUGUCACUAUACAUGCGCCUGAGUUGCGUACGAUCAAUGUUGAGAUGACACUUAUAAUGGGAUAUCAUGGAGUUUUGGCACUUAUCAAAAACGACGAGACGACUUUCCAUCCAUUCGAGCAGAUUCCCUCUCAUGCACGCGAGACUGUUGUGAAACCGGACCUCUGAGUUACUCCUCCCUUGCUCAUGCGUCUACCAUUACUGCCCGACCUUGUGAUAUCAGUCUACAUGAUGACCUGCACAUGGCGGUCAGAUUGUCCUCGUACUCAUGCAAUUUUAUCAAGCUUGAUACACCACACAACCUCGCUACACCUUCAGAACCCUCCAGACAGCCUGACGUCGACGAUGUGAGCUAGUGAGG